UUUUUUUUAGAUCAGACUGAUUUUUAUUUUUUAUUUCUUUCUGCUAUCGAAUGGUGCAGGGAUAUAGAUGGCGGAUAAUACGUGCUCUUCUGGUGUGCAGUCAACAAGCCGAAGCGGGAGGAAGUGAACAGAACAAACGGGAAUAAAACCAAUAAUAACAUCCAGUGAUUAAUAUGUGUUAGAUCACACAUCUGGAUUCGAUCGAGCGUUCACAUCUGGAUCGGUCUGAUUCGACAUAUUGACCUGCUUUAAUAAGAUUUAAGAGUCGGUGUGGACUGAAGUGUCUGAGCCUCCAAGUGGAAAACAAAGCUGAAGACAAUCUGAGGCUGUCGGACCCGAGUGCCUCGAGCAUCAGUGCUCCCCCGACCGCGGCUGCAACUCGUUCUUCACGCCGUCCCCAAUGCGACCAUGGGAAAUAGCUGUGAAUAGGCGGCCGCCAACAGCCCCCUUAAACCAGAGGAGUUUCAUUGGGGGACCCUGCAACGCGCCUGUGCACCUCAGGAGAAGUCCUCCAGCACGUUGGCAGUGGGGACAGUGGGACCGAGUCGGCGUGCACGCCUCUACUCGCCAGGAUGAGAACUUUUCUCACGCUGUGUUCCCCCAGCAGCAGCAGCAGCAGCAUCCGGCCAUUCCUGUAGAGGAGUCGAGGCAGUACAGCCCGGCCGGUGCACCACCCCGUAUCCUCCACCCCUCCACACACCCGCCACAGCAGACCUCCAUCAUGGUGGACCUUCAUGAACAGAUGCACCAGGGCUCGGUUCCCAUCUCGUACACAGUUACCACGGUGACGACCCACGGCUUUCCCAUGCACACGGGGCAGCCGAUCCCGGCGUGCAACGCGCAGCAGCUCCCAGCAUGCUCGGUAAUGUUCAGCGGACAGCUCUCUCUGCUCUGCUGCCUUCCUCCUCCUCUGAUCCAGGCGUGCACCAUGCACCACCUGCCCGUGUCUUACCAGGCAUUUCCGCCUCUGAUCUCCAGCGAGCACUUCCUGUUGCACCCGAGUCCCCCUGUGGCGCCACACCAACCCCCGGCACUGGCACCGCUCAGCCACUUCAUCCCCCUGCAGCCUCAGCACCCUCGUAUGAGAGUGGAGAGUGAGGUGGACCUAAGAGGAGAGCAGCACCCCUUGGGAACGUUCUCCUACCCUGCCGCACAUCACCCACCAGCAGCCAUGCCCCCCUCCGUGCCCCUGCAGUACCACCUGCCCCAGGAACCCCUCCACCAAGAGCUGCCAUUCGCAGUGCCAUAUCCACACAUGCUGCCCAGGCGUGGAAGUGGCCAGAGGUAUCGCUUACAGCAGCCGUUGCCUCCUCCACCCCUUCCUCCACCCUACUACCCAGGCUUCCUCCCUUACUUCCUCUCGAUGCUUCCUGUGCCUCCAACUGCUGUGGGCCCCGCCAUCAGCCUGGACCUGGACGUGGACGACGUGGAGAUGGAGAACUACGAGGCGCUACUGAACCUCGCCGAAAGGCUCGGAGAGGCGAAACCACGAGGACUGACGAAGGCCGACAUCGAACAGCUUCCGUCCUACAGGUUCAAUUCAGAGAAACACCAAUCAGAGCAAACGCUGUGUGUCGUGUGCUUUAGUGAUUUUGAGUCAAGGCAGCUACUACGAGUUUUACCCUGUAAUCACGAGUUUCACGCCAAGUGUGUGGACAAAUGGUUAAAGACCAACCGCACUUGCCCGAUCUGCCGUGCGGACGCGUCCGAAGUUCACCGCGACGUGGAGUGAGUCCGGGCCUUCGUCGUACACUGGAAAUCAGCACAAACCUUGGAGUGUGUGGUGGGAGAGGGCACACACACACACACAUACACACACACACACACACACACACACAUACAUGCGCACCAUCCAACCCAGCCUAACGCAGAAGCAUCUCCCACCAUCACCUUUCCACCUGUAAAGCAAUCUGGGAAUUUUUAAUCCGGACGGCAUCAGACCUCCGCUGUGCUUCAUCGUGUGAAAGCUCCUGCCUCCUCUGAGCCUGGCAAACUCCUGUAAUCUCCUCUCUAGAGUUCUGCAGAUUUCCUUUCUCUUUCUCUCCAAAGAUUAACCCGUACCGCGUGUCGUGCCGGCAUCGUUUACACAGUCGAAUGUUCUCUAGCUGUUCGCUCACUAAUAAAUCGAGUCGUGCUUUGGCGGCGACGAGGAAGACGGA